AGCAACUCACACCAACAUAUGGACGACUGUGAACAAGAUCACCCGGCGGGUUUUUACCACUUCAGGGGAGUUGACGCCAAACAACUGUGAGGCGGAAGUCAUUUAUUCGUGAGAGAUCAACCUGUUGGAUGCUUCCUCCCUUCUCCUGCGAUCUGCACCUGAAAACAGCCAGGUGAAAGGCAUCUGGUUCAGGGAGGGGGAAUAAAUCCUCACUGCCAUCCACCGACAUGGACCCGAGCUGAUGGUGUGAGUCUCCUGGGGCCGCUGUGUGAGGGCCAGACAUGGCAGCCUGUCCGGAUGAGCUGGCGUUACCUGGCGCGGUGGUUGGGAGUGUUCUCCUGCUGAUACUGAGCAGUAAUCCUGCGUGGGGAAACUACACCACUCUUGAACCUGACACCAGAUCUAAUAAUGCCACAGGUCCCGACAUUGCGGCGAUCGUGGCCCCGACCGUCACGCUGGGCGUCCUGGCCAUCGUGGGCGCCGUGCUGGCGUGGCUCUUCUGCGUGGUGAAAAAGAAGAGGCAGACCGAGGGGACGUACAGACCCAGCGCCGAGGAGCAGUCCGGCGUGUGCAGCGUCGCCGCCCCGGACGCUCUCAAGCUGCCAAAAGAAGAAAGACUCAUUUGAGAUCUGGGGCAAAAAUACUCUGAAGGACACGGGCUGCGAAUGUGGCAGCGCAACCUGGACAGGUCUGAACCUUUUUGAUCAGCCCGUUGAAGGAAAAAUAAAGAAAAAAGAACAGAGUCGAUUUCUGAAACUCUUCGACGUCAUGGAUAAACCCGCCGCUCCACUUCAACAAGCACUCAGCUGUUCCUGCGUUGCACUCCACGGAGAAGUGACUCCAUUUAUCUUUCAGUGAUCUCAAUGUUGACUGUGCACAGGUGAGACGGAGCAGUAUUUCAUCAUCGCCGAUGGUUUUAGAGUAGAAAUAAUUUACUUGUAUUUUAUUUGAUUCAUUCCAUUAUGAAAUCACAAUUUCAUGUGAAGAACCUGAACUGAUCUUUUACCUCAAGCUCAAUUUUUUGAUGCUUUUUUCAGUCCGCUGCAUUUGAAAAUACCAGAAAAGAUGGAUGCUGUUUUAUGUUUUUCAUGGAGUGAAUCCAACAUCUUAUCUCACUACAGACACUGGUGUAAGUUUUAGGAAACUUGCUCGAUGA